CAUCAGUUUGCAGCUCGUGAUUCAAAACCGACGACAGCGGGUCGGGUCGCCCGGCUGCUUGCUGCUAACCCGGGGGAAAUAUUUCCUCCAAUUUUAAUUGAAUUCCGUGUAAAACUACGAAAGUCCCAAACCUGCUUGCUCUGAAGCUGGUCGUAAAUAAAUCAUUUUCCGCGGCGGCGACAGCGCCUUUACGACGACGCCGACCUUCCCCAGGGACGCCCCUCCCCCUCCCCCUCCAAGCAUGACGGAACUUUUUUCUUCUUCUCUGGCGGCGGCUCGCGCGAAAGUGUACCGGAAAAAGUUGAGCUAAUUGCGUGGCGUCGUGCUUCGCUCACUAGAACCUCUCACCUUCGCCGUAAUGAGUUGGGCAGAUCAUUGUGCGUCUCGAACUUCCCUCUCCUGCCCCCGCCCGGCCGCGCCGCCCGGCCCCGGCCCCGCCCUUCACCUGCUGCCAAGCCGAACUGCCUGUCAUGUCAACACAUCUUCGAAGCCCUCCUGCCUGAAACUGCUUUUAGCAGGCGGCCAUAUAGGUUGUAAUCUGUUACUUUUUGUUACCAUCUCCUCAGAGUUAUUUGGUGUGACGUUUAAGAAUUUAACAAUUUUUCGCCCAGGGAAGACUGUUUUAUGGGCACACUGCAAUACUUUUGUGCACUUGAGGCUGCAUUUACUUGUCAUACAAAUGAUUUAGUUAAAAUGACUGGUGAAAUUGGAUUUUCCCUCAGAUGAGAUGUAAUUCUGGUAGCUGAAUCUCAGUAUUUUUUUUCUUAUUUGCUUUUCUUUAAAAUUCUUUUUAUCAAUUUUGAUUCCUAUGAGAUUUGU